CUUGUGUGGAGAUUAAAACGUCUUUUAGAUUCGACUAAAGCGAUCUGAGAGAACCGGCCAGUCAAUUCUCGAAACAGUUUGAACAAAGCUGAAGGCUCUUUUUGGGGCUUUAUGGUGCUUAAAUCAAAUAAAAAACAGUAGGAAGACCAAGAGGGAGAAGAGAUUUUAUGUCAAUCCUCUUCGAGUUCUUUUGGUGAUUCAAUGUGUUUUGAAGCCGAAUCUAUGUUAAGCAAAGAUUACCCAUUACCUGAGAGUUGCAGUAUUGGUACUGAGCUUUUGGGUUUGAGGAAGAAGAAGGUGACGGAUGAGUGGAGGAGGUUUAGACAGCCAUUAAUGUGGAGGUGCAAGUGGUUAGAGCUCAAGGUUAAGGAAAUAGAGUCUCAAGCAAGAGGGUAUGAUAAAGAAGUCCAAAGCUACUAUCAGAGCGAACAGUUUGAUUUGGAGAAGUCGAAACCUUGUUAUGGUGAUGAUCAAACUCAGAGAAAGAGUGUUGUUUUCAAGAGAGGAAGAAGGAGACGUGUGGAAGAGACAACAGAUGUUUCUGCUUAUAUCUCCAACCAUAACGUUUUCUCUUAUGCCGAAAAGAGGAAGCCAACAACUCUUAAACCUCAGUGUCCUGUUCCUGAUUUUGGUGCAGGCCGCAAGGAAGAUGAGAGUGAAGAUGAUUGUUUUGUUUGUGAGUCACAUUGUUCUGAUGAUCUCCUAGGCGAGAUACUGUGUAAGAUUGAUGAGGCGCAGGAUAAAGCAAAGAGAUUGAAGAAGCGUGUCGAUGAGCUGAUGAUGAUGUGCAAGUCUCAUACAUCAUCGAUGCCUCGAACCAUAGCUCGAUCUAGGAGUGACGUUACGGCUAAUAAUCCGAGAGAAGGGACUGUGCAAAUUGGAAGGCAACGUGUAUCUGCUGAUCAUAGUGAAGAUGUAUUGAUGAUAGAUACCUCAAGCUCCUCCUCCUUUUGAAGUUGAUGGGCAGUUUUUGUUUAACAACUCUCCAAAUCCAUAUGGAGGAUUGAGAUUUCCCACAAUCGAAGAUAUGCUGAUGGAUGGAGAUGAAUAUGAAGGAGAACCGGACAAAGACGAACUUGAUCAUUGUUUCAUGAAGCUAAUGAAUGAGUUUGGAGAAGAGACCAUCAUGUCAGAAGAAGAAGAAGAAGAUAAUGAUGUUAUACCGCCUCACUAAGAGGGCAUAAAACCUCCUCCCCUCAAUGAAAAGCUCUUUCUCUAUUGUGUACAGAGCCUUUUGUCCUCAUGCCUCUUAGUAAUAUUGGUGGUAUAUUAUGUUCAUUCUUCCCUCUCUCUACUUAACUCUUUGCAUUUGGUUUCUUUUUGAGAAGUUUGAGACCAGAAUAGGUUUCAGGGUUUGUACAUAGCAUAA